CUCUUCUUUCUAAAAUUGAAACCCCUCUCCCCGAAGAAGAAGAAGAAGAACCCCCUUCUCUCUCUAAAAUCCAAUGCCCCUGACUCGUAGUGACAACCAAACUCAAGAACCUGUUUCUCUAUCUACCUCGAAAUGAAGCCUCCCCAAGAACCCCCAAAACCCCUCAUGGAUCCCUGAUCCCCUCCCCUCUCCUCCCAUUUUAUUCAAUUAUUGUUAUUAUUACUGAUACCCAAAGGACAGAACCAGACGGAGAAACCUCCUUCAAGAUGGCCCGGCAGCCGGUAUCCCGACCGGAUUCCGGCCGCCGAAAACCCCUCAAGAAAGAAACCCACACCGGCAGCAGUUUCCGCUUUGCAGAAGUCGCCGGCGCCACUGCCGCUGAAUGUGCUGCCGUCUUCUGCUGUUGCCCCUGCGGCCUCCUGAACCUCCUCAUCCUGGCUGCCAUCAGGCUACCAGCGGGCCUUUUCCAUCGCGCUCUAAAGAAGAGGAGGCGGCGAAGCAGAGCCAAGCGGGCCUGCAGCCUGACCACCCCCGAGAGGCAUCAACAGGUGGAGCUGCCUUCGCCGGUUGUGGCCGAGAUUUGGCCCGAAAAGUCUCUGGAAAAGUCUGAGGUGGUCGCGCCGGCAAUGCAUGAGGCAACAUCGCCGGAAAAGUUAGGGGCGUUAUCGGAUAUGGAGGAGGUGGAGAUGAUGUGGGGGAAGCUUCACACUGGCUUUUGGAGGACCCCCUCUGAUAGGGAACAGUGAUUCACUUUUCCGGCGAUCCGUACAAUGGUAAUCCCUAUUUCUUCUUCUUUUGUCUGAGAUAAUUCUGUGUAAAUAUAUUGAAAAAUGGAAAGCAAACUGUCGAUAUUGAAAUUUUGAAAUUGGAAAACCCAUGAAAAUGGGGCUUCUGUUA